AUGCCUGCUCUUGUCAUCCAUGACACGGGACAGACGAGAGGCUGGCAUUCACUGGCGAUGCUUCCCCCUCUCCUGCACUCUAUAUUGCCCGUUUGGGGGUGCCAGUGGGAUGCCAGUGGCAUGUUGCAACUCGAACAUCUCCUUCCGGAACCCACCCCUGGCCGCACAAUUCGACAAAGGGACCAGUCGGUGUCGAAUAUCGCCAUCGCAGGACGUGUAGCCGGCUGGCUGGGUCCCAUCCUCCUCCUGCGGCAUGCCCAGAUCGGGACAUACUGGUCGAGUGCUGGGCCCAAGAAAGUCGAACGUGUGGCGUCGAGCAAGAUUUCCAGCAACAAGACCGGCAUGUUCGGGAGGGGUGGGCGGGAUCUUUUAUUGAUGGGCAGACAGUCAGCCACUGAGGGAGUUGAGACAAGAGAAGAACACCUCCAGCAGCGCGCUUGUGUGUUUCAUGUUUCCUUGUGGCCAAGCUGA